AUGGCGGUUUCUAGUGCCUUUGUUGUUAGCCCUAACCUGGAGACGUCGUCGCUGCUGAAUCACCAUAAUCCGUCUUCUUCUCCGACGACGUUGGGUCUGAUUGGGAUUCGUGCUCAUCCGAUGAACAACAGGACAAUGCGAGGUCUGAUCCAGAGAGCGCGUUGCGAGCCUUCUCCGUCUGACGCAGCCAACGUCUCCCCUCUGAAGCAGCUUAAGAAUUCUGCUAUCGACAGAUACACGAGGGAGAGAAGCAGCAUUGUGGUGAUUGGGCUUAGCAUUCACACAGCUCCUGUAGAGAUGCGUGAGAGGCUUGCCGUUCCAGAAGCUGAAUGGCCAGAUGCUGUCGCUGAGCUGUGCGGUUUGAAUCACAUUGAAGAAGCUGCUGUGCUCAGCACCUGCAACAGAAUGGAGAUUUACGUUUUGGCUCUCUCUCAGCACCGUGGAGUCAAAGAAGUCACUGAAUGGAUGUCUAAGAGAAGUGGAAUCUCAGUUUCAGACAUCCGUCAGCAUUGGUUUCUCCUGUACAACGAGGACGCCACGCAGCAUCUGUUUCAAGUCUCAGCUGGUUUGGACUCUCUUGUCCUUGGAGAAGGUCAGAUACUCAAUCAGGUUAAAAAAGUUGAUAGACUAGUUAAAGAAAAAAAAAACGGCAACGGGCGAGUUAUCAGUGAUCUAUUUGAAAAGGCAAUCUCGGCUGGAGGGCGUGUCAGAAAUGAGACAAACAUCGGCUCUGGUGCUGUCUCCCUUAGCUCUGCCGCCGUCGAGCUUGCUCUCAAGAAGCUUCCAGGUCCUGCUCCAUUAUCAUCCGCUACGGUGUUGGUAAUUGGUGCAGGAAACAUGGGGAAGCUUGUUAUCAAGCACCUGGUUUCCAAAGGCUGCACUAGAAUGGUUGUUGUGAACCGAAGCCAAGAGAGAGUUGCAGCUAUCCGCGAGGAGAUGAAAUCUCGUAGCGUCGAGAUUAUCUAUAAAUCGCUUGACGAGAUGCUAGCUUGUGCUGCAGAAGCCAGCGUGAUCUUCACCAGCACAUCAUCUGCGACACCACUCUUCUUCAAGGAGCACGUAGAGGUUCUCCCUCCUUUAAGAAGGCUCUUUGUUGACAUCUCUGUUCCUAGAAACGUUGGCUCUUGUGUCUAUGGAUUGGACGGUGCACGUGUUUACAACGUGGAUGAUCUCGAGGAAGUUGUUGCUGCCAAUAAGGAAGAUAGGGCGAGGAAAGCAAAGGAAGCUCAGGGUAUAAUAGCUGACGAAUCAAAGAGUUUUGAAGCGCGGUGGGAUUCGAUGCAGUCGUUUCCAACAAUCAAGAAACUGAGAAGCAAAAUAGAGAGAAUCAGAGCUGCUUCGGUUGAGAAGUUCAUGUCCAAACAUGGCAGUGACAUGGACGAGAAGAAGAAGGACGCAGUAGAGUAUCUAAGCCGAGAUAUAAUGAACAGGAUCCUGCACGGUCCAAUGGUACAUUUGAGAUACGAUGAGAAGACUGGUAGCCGAACGCUGGGUGAGGUGAUAGAGAACAACCAGGCUCUGACCAGGAUGUUUGAACUCGAGGCCGAGCUACUCGAGGACAAGAUUAGAGCAAAGUUUGAUAAAAAGUAG